AUGAAGCUAUGGGAUGUGGUGGCUGUCUGCCUGGCGCUGCUGCACACCGCGUCCGCCCUCCCGCUGCCCGCCGGUAAGAGGCCUCCCGAGGCGCCCGCCGAAGACCGCUCCCCCGGCCGCCGCGCGCCCUUCGCGCUGAGCAGUGACUCCACUAUGCCAGAGGAUUAUCCUGACCAGUUUGAUGACGUCAUGGACUUUAUUCAGGCCACCAUUAAAAGACUGAAACGGUCCCCGGACAGACAGAUGGCCGUGCUGCCCAGAAGGGAGCGUAAUCGGCAGGCCGCCGGCCCCGCCCACCCGGAGAGCCCCAGAGGGAAGGGCCGGCGGGGCUCCAGGGGCAAGAACCGGGGCUGCGUCCUCACCUCCAUCCACUUGAACGUCACGGACUUGGGUCUGGGCUACGAAACCAAGGAGGAGCUGAUCUUCCGGUACUGCAGCGGCUCCUGCGAGGCCGCCGAGACCAUGUACGACAAAAUCCUAAAGAACUUGUCCAGGAGCCGGAGGCUGGUGAGUGACAAGGCGGGGCAGGCCUGUUGCAGGCCCAUCGCCUUCGACGACGACCUGUCGUUUCUGGACGAUAACCUGGUUUACCAUAUCCUGAGGAAGCAUUCCGCCAAGAGGUGUGGCUGUGUCUGA